GCUGUGCGGGACGGCGCCCGCAGGGGGCGCCCGCGGGCCAGGCGGGAGGGCCUCGGCCUCCCCCUCCGUUCCCAAGAUGGCGGCGGCCGGUUGCGUGCCGGUACGGGUCUGCCACCAGGAGAUCGUCAGGUUCGACCUGGAGAUCAAGGCGGCCGUGCAGGACAUCCGGGACUGCCCGGGGCCGCUCAGCGCCCUCACGGAGCUCAAUGCCGCCGUGAAAGAGAAGUUCCGCCACCUCCGUGGCCGCAUUCAGGAGCUCGAACAGAUGGCAAAGGAGCAGGAUAAGGAGUCAGAGAAACAAGCCUUGCUGCGGGAAGUGGAAAACCAUAAGAAGCAAAUGCUCAGCAAUCAGGCAGCUUGGAGAAAGGCAAAUCUAGCAUGCAAAAUUGCCAUUGACAACUCUGAGAAAGAUCAACUGCUUCAGGGAAGAGACUCCUUAAGACAAAGGAAGACUACAAAGGAAAGUCUGGCAGAGAGUGCAAGUAACAUCACAGAGAGUCUGAUGGGCAUUAGCAGGAUGAUGUCACAGCAAGUCCAGCAGAGUGAGGAGACCGUGCAGACCCUUGCCAAUUCUUCACGAACCAUCCUGGAAGCAAAUGAAGAAUUUAAGUCCAUGUCUGGGACAAUUCAGCUGGGGCGGAAGCUAAUAACCAAGUACAAUCGCAGGGAGCUGACAGACAAGCUGCUCAUCUUCCUUGCCCUCGCCUUAUUCCUGGCCACAGUGCUCUAUAUUUUGAAAAAAAGACUCUUUCCAUUUUUGUAAAAUUCCAAAGAUAAACUCAAUUGUUACAAAAGAUCACAAAGAGGUAACAGUAGAGCUUUUGAAUUUGAACUAAAAAGGGAUAUUGCAAUAGCUGAAAGAGCGUUAGAGCAGGCGUAACUUUAUACUGUCCUCGUGGAGCAUGUGACCUGUAUAAGAAGACUUUAAAUGAACACGAAUCAGGAAGAAGCAGGUAGAUCAAGGUGUGGAAAGAAGAAACACCAAUUUGCCUGUUAGUCUGAGGAACCAGAUGAACACUCGAGGAACUAGGCUCUCAAAGGUGCCAGUCUUAACUUUCAACCUCUCUUCAUUUUGCCUUGAAAUUAACUUUGGUCCUUGGCUUGGAUUCAAGGCUGCUUUGACAUCUGUGUGUAAGGUGCUGAGAGUAAGAAGAAGGAUGGAAGAGAGAAACCCGCAUACAUUCCAUUAAUAAACUAUUGUAUCCAUUGUAAACUGACUUCUGUUUAAAACCAAAGUCUAAUGGAGUGAAAGAGCCUGAAUGGUUCCUAGUAUAAAAAGUCUGUUUAAUACUUAACAGCAAUGAUUGCUUAUGGAUUACGUUUCCUGGGAGUAUGACAAAUGCAGUCUGGUUCUGUUCCUCUGGCCUUGGGAGGGCUCUGCACAAAGCAAAAAUGGGAGCUGUACUUGUAACUAUUAAUUCAUGCAACCUAUGAGAAUUACAUUGCCCAUCUGCUGAAAUCCAAAGCCUUUCUUCUCCUUUUCUUCCUAAAAUUCUACUUGAUAAUCUGUAUUUGCAAAAUACUGCCAAGUUGUGCAGUGGAAAGUUUUUAUUGCUAAUACAGUUGAUCUUUCCUCAGUAAAAUCCUCUACAAUGAUUA